AAAUUGGAACGUUAACAAACAUGGCGAUUAACUUAUUCUUGAUUCUUGUCAUUUUAUUGUGAUGCUCGUUGUGUAAAAAGUACUUUUUGCUGCGAAAAAAUGGCUGACACCGGACUACGUAUGAAUUUUGCAGCUUUAAAGAGGGCAGAUCCAUAUGCGCGGGAAAUAAUAGAUAGUGCUACCCACGUUGCUCUGUAUACAUUCGAAGAACAAGAAUGGGAGAAAACUAACAUCGAAGGCGCAUUGUUUGUGUACAGUAGAAAUGGUGAACCGUAUCAUAGUUUGGUAAUUAUGAACAGAUUGAAUACGAAUAAUUUAAUUGAACCAGUAUCGAAAGGAAUAGAGUUACAAUUAAAGGAGCCUUUCCUGCUUUAUAGGAAUUCUAAGUGUCGUAUUUACGGCAUAUGGUUUUACGAUAAAGACGAGUGUGUUAGGGUGGCUACAAAAUUAAAUUCUAUCGUUAAAGAUUCGAUGAAACCGGUUGAAAAUAUGGCACAAAAUCCUGUAUAUAAUGCACCAGCUAACUCUAGUGCUCCUGUUGAUAUAUUUACAAUGCUGAGCAAAGCUCAAGAUGAUUUUAAAUCUAACAAAGGUGUAACGAACAAAAAUGAAUCGACACCGUCUAGAGCUCCCGAUAUGACGUCGCAAAGCGUGAUGGAUUUCUUCGCUAAGGCCGGUAGUGGCGCCGCUGCUCAAAUGCCUGCAGUGUCUUCUCUUCCGUCACCAGGCGUGUUCGGUCCGCGGCCGUCCGAUUCUCGCGAGGGUCCAUUGCUUCUGCAGAGGCUGAUGAGUAAUCCUGCACACUCAGUGGAGCACAUAGAGAAACAACAAAGGUCUGUCACUCCACAAGAGAAUCAAAAUGCUAACGGUGGCAUUCCUUUGGACACUGCAAUGAGGCAGAAUAGUGGAUUUCCGCUAAAAUCCACACCAAUUGACUCACAAGGCCAACAAAGGAUAUCCAAUAUGCAGAAGAUGCCUUUAGAUACAGUGGAUGCCAAUGGCCCCAAUCCUUUAGAGAGUGAAUUAAAUCUUAUGCAUAUUUCAUCACCCAAGCCGACCUCCCCAUUGGCUUCAUAUUUGAAUCAAUCACAGGACCUCGGCCACCCGGUAAGCUCUUUUAAUGGUAAAUUUGAAGAAGUGGGAAUGUUUCCAUUGGGUAAUCCUCUAGCUGCUCAGCAGAAGCCAGCUCUGAUGCCACCAACAAUGUUUACCGUUACCACGGGAGGAGAUGUCCAGCCAUCACCCGAACCUUUGACUAGGAAUCAACUACUUCAAGCAUUCAACUAUCUUCUUAAACAUGAUGCAGAUUUUGUUAACAAGUUACAUGAGGCUUAUGUAAAAUCUUUUUCAGAAAAAGCAUUUUCCGUUUCGUAAAUUUGAUUUACUCAAGGCUAUUGUUAACAAUCAACAUGUACAGUUGUAAUGUGAAGUAUGAGUCCUUUAAAGAUGUUGCGUAGACCCUUUCUAGUUUUAUAGCGACUUAUUUGGGAAGAUUAUUUUUAAAUAAGUUUUAAACGUUUGACUGUGUCAUUCAAAUGAUUAUAGAGAAUAAAUUUUAGUAACAUCACAAAUUUAGAAAUUUACCUGUACAAACUGUUUGUGAUAUAUUCUUGAAUUGGAUACUAUGACUAUAAAAUAUAGUAUAGUAGUUGUAUGACCGUAAUUACAGGUUACAUUACCUGAUAUUGGUAAAUUUGUCUGUUGCUCCUUCCCCUACAAUGGACUAUGUAUAAGUUUUCCAUUACAUGUUUUCAGUUCUAUCUACUUAUUUGACUUGAAAAAUGCUCGUAAAAGCAAUCGAUUUUUUUCUUUAUAUAGAUAUUUAUGAUGAGUCAUCUCAAAGAGAUGAUGACAAAAGAUUAUAAUGACAGUUUGUUGCAAUAAAACAUGAAAAAGUGGUAUUUGAGAAUUAUAUUGCUUGAUUUUAAGGACUUUGAAAAUACUAUUUUUAUAAGGUUGGAAAUACCUUUGUCCAGUUAAAUUUUACUCAUUGUAUACCUUUAUUUCUGAUAAGAUUUUGAAGUCACAUGUUUUAUAUUUUAUAAAUUCUUAACUUUUCACCAGCAUGUGUUACUUGUUUUAGAAAUCGUAAUUUUUAUAGUAAGGAAUAAUUUUGAUAAACAAAAUACCCCACCUGGGAGUCCAGUGAGCAAUAAUUAACUUA